AUGAGUGGUUAUCGCAGGACUACUUUAUUUGUAGCUGGUUUUGGUUCUACCUUGCGCGCUCGCGAUUUAGCUUAUGAAUUUGAAAGAUAUGGACGCUUGAUCCGUUGUGACAUCCCAGCCCCAAGGAGCUAUCAGUCUAAACCGUAUGCUUUUGUCGAAUUUGAAGACGAAAGGGACGCUGAAGAUGCCUAUUAUGAAAUGCAUGGACGUAGAAUUUAUGGGCAUGCUUUGAACAUCCAAUGGGCUAAGAAUGCACCAUCCAGAUCGUGGAGAUAUGAAGGUAGUAGAGGAUCCCCUAGACGACGUCGCUCUCCACGUUCUCCAACCCCACCAGAUCUCCUCGCUCCGAUGCUCGCCGUGGUGGAAGUCGCUCUCGAUCUAGGUCUGCUGAACGAGACCGUACCAAUGAAGAACGUGGCAUGGAUGAAAGAAGGUCUAGAUCAAUAUCUCCUACCCGAGGAGAUAAAUCUCGCUCACCUUCUCGUCCUCGUGAAGAAAACAGGGAGAGGACAGAUAGAUCUCCGCGUGACCGUUCUCGAGAUAGAUCCCCAAGAGACAGAAGUCCAAGAGAAAGGUCUGCAUCUCCAAGUCGUCCAGGCUCUCGUUCACCUUCAAGAUCCCCACGCCAUUCUCAAUCUCGAUCUCCACAGCGUGAUUAAAUUGAUUAGAUAUUAA